CAUCAGCAGCUUAAAUAAUCAGUGAUCGUGAAGUAAUCAGCAGAUUCCUAAAAAUGCCAGAACAGAGUAACGACUAUCGUGUGGUGGUUUUCGGAGCUGGGGGUGUAGGGAAAAGUUCUUUGGUGCUCAUGUUUGUACGAGGAACCUUUCGGGAAAGCUACAUUCCUACAAUUGAAGACACUUACCGACAGGUUAUCAGCUGUAACAAAAACAUAUGCACCCUUCAAAUAACGGACACUACAGGAAGCCACCAAUUCCCUGCUAUGCAACGGUUGAACAUCUCCAAAGGUCAUGCAUUUAUUCUAGUGUAUUCUAUCACAAGUAAACAAAGCCUGGAGGAGCUCAAACCUAUUUUUGAUGUAAUAAAAGAAGUCAAGGGGGAUAUUGAGGGAAUUCCCAUAAUGCUAGUGGGUAAUAAAUGUGACGAGACUGAAAAUAGGGAAGUGGACAACCCAUAUGGAUCAGAUCAAGCGCGCCGCUGGGGCUGUGGAUUCAUGGAAACGUCAGCCAAGACAAACGUUAACGUUAAAGAACUCUUCCAAGAGCUUCUGAACAUGGAAAAACGCAGACCAAUGAACUUUCAACUGGACUCCAAAAAAUCCAAAACGCAACUCAGAAAAGAUAAGCUUAAAGGAAAAUGUGUACUGAUGUGAUGUGCAAGACACAAACCUGCAUAUAUAGUGAGGGCGCUGUGAGCAGAAAGCUUAGCAUUCUCAGCCUUUUCUCGCACGGGUUAGAAGUCAGUUUAUUAUCUUUAGAGCACUGGUCAAAGACAAAUGUGGUACUACAUAGGCAGACCUCUAAUCUGUUUUAGUAGCUAGCUAUUCUUUCUUAAAGAACUUAAUAUUUCAAGUUGAAACGAAACAUCAAACACAAAACAAAAACGAAACAGCCAUUAAAGUGUUCUACACGAAGACAACAUUAGUUCGAAACCAUUGUCUUGCACAGGAUUUUGUAAGUUAGAGUACUUGUAGUCUAAGUGGUGGUAAGCUGGUUAGUUUUAAGUAAAACACGAAAACCUGGCCUUACGAAGGAGACAUAUCUAAAUGGUAUAUACAUAUAUAUAUAUACGAACGAUUUAUUUCAUAUUAGAUCUAAACUUUUAUCACAAAGGCCACAAUGGAGUAUCACUUGAAUUUCAAAUGAAUGCAAAAAAAAAGUAUAAUUUGUUUUUUAUAGAUUCGAAGUAGCUUUAGCUUGCUUUUAUUCUUUGCCUUUGAUCACAAAGGCCACAAUGGAAUAUCACUUGAAUUUCAAAUGAAUGCAAAAAAAAAGUAUAAUUUGUUUUUUAUAGAUUCGAAGUAGCUUUAGCUUGCUUUUAUUCUUUGCCUUUUAUUUAAUGAUAUGUUCCAAAUGUUCGGGAAUCAAUAAAUAUGUGUUGUUUUUCAAAGAAAUUCCAAUCUACUUAUAUGAAAUGAAAAGAGGUCUCUUUAUAGCUUUUUUUUUCAAUGAGUGCAGUCUUUAGAACUAUUGGUAAGGAUAUAUUACUGAUCGUUAAUUGUAUUCAUAUGUAUAUAUAUUCUAGUUAGUUACAUACAAUGUAUAUAUAUAUAUAUAAUAUUUCAAGCUUUAAAAUUAUAUAUAUAUAUAGCUAUAGCUUGGGAAUAUUAAUCAAAAUAAAUUUUAAAGUUGAGAAAAAAGUUGUAUUUGACUCAAAUUUUCCUCUUUAUACCUAGCUUACUUCGACGUUUUCCUGCUGCAAUUUACACCAUUCUUGUUAAAUAUAUAAAAUGACGUCUUGGAGUUAUCUUGCUUUUUUUUAAAGUAGUAAUUUUAUUAGUGUAAACCUAAAGAUUAACAUUAGCAUAGGUGUCCAAACCUGUGAAUAACAUGCGUUAAUAUUUUAAAAACUGUGUUGUUAUACUAUGUAAGAGGUUUACGGCGAGUUGAAAUACAUUUUUACUCCUUUUGCGUUAUAUUUUUAGGGAUUAUUUACUGAACAAUUGCAUAAUUUUCUAUAACUGAAUUUUCAUCAUAGAAGUAUCAUAUUGAUGAAUGUGACUUUUAGUAACUGUCUUUGACAAUAUUAUGUAUUUAAUGCUUGUAUCUCAUCAGUUAGUAUAAAGAUCUCAUACAAAUUCCA